AUGGCUGCGCCUUUGGAAAUCCCCGCACCCCUCUUGAGCUCCACAGGGGCUCUACAACGAGAAGGCUGCUGCCUUGCUGUUCCCGGACGACGACUGAUCCCGCGCAGUCGAGUCAAUUCUGAGGACAGUGAUGAAGCUGCUGCAGUGUCGGCAACGUUCAAGCAGAUGCUGCGCGAGGCCAAUGAUCAGGCUCGUGCAUUGUCGUCCAAGACCAACGUCCAAGCUGCUGUCGCACUGCACUUCCACGACUCGCACGACGAUGGCGAUGAGCCUGUUGUCACUGCACCUGUCUCCAGACGAGCCAAAGUCGAAUGA